AUGAAAUCUGAAAUCCCGGAAAACGCUGGUGAGUUCUAUAUUCUAAACGAUCCAUUAAAAGAUAUCACUCCGAGUGAGCCAAUUCAACGAACUUCGGAAGAAAUAGAAGAAAAACGACGCAUUCUUGAACAAGUGGAGUAUUAUUUUGGUGAUAAAAAUUUCCCAAAGGAUAAAUUCCUAAAGGAACUGUGUAGCAAAGACCCACAAAGAUGGGUCCAACUUGCCAUAGUGCGUCAAUUUAAAAAAAUGCAGGUUUACAAAGAUGAUGCAUUAAUUGUUGAAGCUCUUCGAGAAUCUCCAGAAAUAUUAGAAGUUGAUGAUUCUGGUACAAAAAUUCGGAGAAAAACACCUAUCAGGAUGCCAAUUCCAGAACAUGUAAAAUCCGGGCCAAUGUGGAAGUCGAUUUAUACUAAAUCCAUCGAGGACUUUUUCAAAAAAUAUGGUAAAGUUGUUAAAGUGACACCUCGCAAGGAUAAUGAAAAAUUUAAAGGGUCAUACUUUAUACAAUUUGAAACACACGAAGAAGCAAAAAAGAUAUCAGAGAUGGAACUGUUUUUUAAUGACGUAAAAUUAACAAUAAUGAUGAAGUUUGAUUAUUGUGAAAUGAAGUGCGUUGAAAAAGGAUUGGAUCCUGAUACUAUGCGCAAGCAAAUACCGCAUAUUACGAAGAAACAUAAAUUAGACUCGUUUAAGUAUGAAAAGAAUUGCUUAUUACGUUUUGAGGGAGUUGGACCUAAUGUUCGUUGGGAAGACAUUAAGGCCAAAAUGGAAACAGAUUAUGGUAGUGUUGUGUUUGUCAAAUUAGAUCAGCAGCUUAGAAGCGGAAUAAUCCAUUUUGAGAGCCCAAUCGCUUUAAAAGUUGUUUCCUCGAUUCAAAAUGACAACCUAGAAUUUGAUGGUUUCAAGCCUGUCUUUAAAGCGCUUGAAGGUGAAGAUGAGAAACUAUAUUAUUUGAAUAGACGAAAAUUUAUGGAAGAAACAAGAAAGAAGUCUAGUUAUAAUCAAACAAAAAGAAAUAACGCACAAAGGACUGGGGAUAACGAUGUUACUGGAAAUGCCGAUUGUUCAUCCACAUCAGUAAUCGGAUAUAAACGUAAGUUAGACGACGCCUAUGAAGCUGAAAAGUCGUCAGCGACUAAAUCAGUCAAACUGGAACUGGAAGAAACAGGUUCUGGAAGCGCCGAUUGUUCAUCCACAUCAGUAAUCGGAUAUAAACGUAAGUUAGACGACGCCGAUGAAGCUGAAAAGUCGUCAGCAGCUAAAUCAUUAGACGACGUUGAUGAAGCUGAAAAGUCGCCAGCAGCUAAAUCAGUCAAACUGGAAGAAACA